CCAUUACCAAGCAUGAAUGAUCAAUCAGCUAACCAGGACAGACUGCAUGCUGGAGGGAUUCAAUCCCGCUCGCCAUUGUUGCCGUUGGACUGACUGGUAGACUGGUGGACUGUCAGCCUCCGAACCCCGCGCCGAUCCCGGACUAGAUAUGUCAGGAGGGAAGGGUGAGUCACUCCUCCAUCACUGACACCUAUCUUGUCAGUAAUUGGGAUAUAUACCUCUCGUGCCUGCACACGUGCACCACCCGACAGGAGCCACUCAGCAUACUUUAACCAUGACAGGUAUGUUUUCUUCCAACCUUUCUCGUUCAGUCUCUUAUAUGGCAGAAUCCACCUCCCUUCGCGUGGGUAUUGCCCUAUUCCCUGGCUUCCAGGCCCUGGACGCAUUCGGUCCUCUGGACUGUUUGAACGUCCUGUCUAUAACCCAUCCCCUAAUCCUAUCUGUACUAUCCUCCACUCUGGAUCCGGUGACCAGCAAAACCUCCAUGACCAACCCGCACGUCAUUGGCCAGCAAAUCGUACCCACACACACCUUCGCGACGGCACCGCCUCUGGACGUGCUCCUCGUGCCCGGUGGGGUCGGCACGCGAGGAUCGAGCCCGGCCGUUCUGGACACCAUCGCGUUCAUCAAACAGACCUACUCGUCAUUGAAGUAUCUGAUCACGGUCUGCACAGGGUCCGGACUGGCAGCUCGCGCGGGGGUGCUGGACGGUCGAAAAGCCACCUCGAACAAGAAUGCGUUUCAUGAGAUGAAGGCCUUAGGACCCAAAGUGGAUUGGGUCCCUCGUGCGAGAUGGGUGACGGAUGGAAAUAUCUGGACUGCGUCAGGGGUCACUGCGGGGAUUGAUCUGACUCUCGCGUGGGUCGCGGAAGUGUAUGGGAAGGACACAGCGAAUAUGAUUGCGAAUGAAAUUGAACAUACCCAGCAUCUGGAUGCGAGCUAUGAUCCUUUUGCUGAUCUGUAUGGUUUGUAGGUCUUGCGUUAGCGACCUUGGGCAUGUAAUCCCCCCUUGUCAGCAACUACUCUCCAUCAGCCUUGCCAGGUCCUAUCGCAAGUAGCCGUAAUUGAGCCUCACUUGCAUGAUGACCGCAUGGUGUUCGAGUUUUGCGCCCGUCGUGUUCCGCUCGUGGCGAUCUCCCCCAUUUCUCUUGCCUUGGCGGCUCUUACAGAAUAUUCUAGAGAGUGGCAAUUUAAAUUCAAAUAACUCUUUUAGGUACAAAAACCAGC